GGUGCCUCGGACAGCGAGAAAAAAAACGACCACUGCAACAUCAAGUGUCUCGUUAUAAUGAUUCGCUUGAGCUACAUGAUGUCGCUGGGUUCACUGGCUCUCUGCCUGCUGGCUUGUUUUCACUCUGGCACUAAUGCAUAUCCAGUCAAGCCGGUCAGUCCCCGGGAAGGGGCACCAGCUGAGGAUCUUGCCAAAUAUUACUCUGCAUUAAGACACUACAUCAACCUCAUUACAAGACAGAGGUAUGGGAAAAGAGACACUCCAGAAACUGUAUUUUCAGAUGUGUUGGUGAGGGAGAGCACAGAGAAUAUUCCAGGAUAUAACUAUGUCAGAUACGAUGGGUCGCCUCUGUGGUGAUGCUGCUGGAGCCGUCAUAUCGAGGCUGAUUCCACAAAGCUGCUGCCUGUCUGUUACAGACAUGAAAUGAGUUUGUGUUGCAUGUAAUAAACAAUGUACGAUACAAUUAGUUUGGCGUGUCAUGUGGCCAGCGUUUGAUUAAAAACUCCAAGUAGAACGA